AUGGCUCGGAAGGGUAAUCAGCAGAAGAAUGGAGUGGACCGUCAUGGAUUGAACCACAGAAAAGGGGUUUCUGGUGGUGUGCUUCCGGGAAUGAAAGGCCAUGGUAAAGGAGGGCCGGUUAAGGUUUUCCCGAGAGAGGAACUUGCAGACGGCGAUAGUGGUGUUUCGCGGACUGCAUGUGAUGCUAGUUCUUCAGGUGAUGACUUUAACGAUGAGCUCAUAUCUGAAAAUAUUUAUAGUAAAGAUAAGCAAGGGAUGGCUGGAAAGCAUGACCUGGAGGAGUCCUUGCCCUUUGAGAGAAAUUAUGGGGAUGACAGUUUUAAUUCUGAAGCUUCAGUACAAAAAGAAAAUGGGACUUUACCUAGAAGUGAUCAAGGUUAUCAGAGUAUAAAGAGUAGAUUGAGCUGUAUACUGGAUAGUUUGCACCUGAAAAGUGUGGUGGAUAAAGCAGACCUUGCCGAUAAUGUGAUAAUUAGGAGAUUGAGGUUUUCAGCGUUUUCCAUGUUUACAGCAAUUUCAGAGUGGCUAACCCGGCAGGCUCCAUUGUUUGUAUCUCUUAAAACCAUCAUGUUUAAAGUGUAUCAUAAUUCCAGAACGAAAGUUGUGCAGGCAUAUCCUGUUAUUCUGAAGUUGCUCAUGCAUUUUGGAAAUGUAAUGCUCCUAUUAUCAGUAUUUUGGUUGGACUGUGCGCUUCGAGGUAUUGAUUCAUUUGUACGAAUGGGUACAACGUCCUUCUUCUCUGUUAUAUGGUGUAGCAUAUUCUCCGUGAUUAGUAUGAUUGGGAUGCUUAAGUUUCUUGCUGUCCUGGGCCUGGCUGCCUUGAUUGGAUUUUUUCUUGGAUUCAUGCUUGCAAUUUUGGUAGUUGCAAUUAUUGGAGUUGUUACCUUGUGGUUUUAUGGUAGCUUUUGGACAACAGCACUUUUCAUCAUCCUAGGAGGAUUGGCAUUUAUGUUUAGUCAUGAACGGGUGGCACUGCUUAUCACCACAGUGUAUUCUGUUUACUGUGCAUGGCUGUAUGUUGGGUGGCUUGGUUUGCUAUUGGCUUUCAAUUUAGCUUUUAUCUCUAGUGAUGUUCUGAUAUACUUCCUCAAGAAAAACAUAGAUCAACAGAGUAGAUCUAAUCAUUUUGAGCAUAGAUCUGGAAUGCAUGGCCAACCAGGAUUUAGUGAUGGAUCAACACAUGCUUCUUCCUCUGAAAAUGGACCUGGACCAUAUGUAGAUCGCAAUACUGGCAUCCCCUCAACUAGUGGGGUUGAUUCUGAUUUAACAUCUGAAGAUGAGGUUGUCCGUUUGUUGAACUGCUCUGAUCACUAUGCAGCACUGGGCUUCACUCGGUAUCAAAGUAUAGAUGUUUCAAUACUUAAGCGGGAAUAUAGGAAAAAGGCAAUGUUGGUACAUCCUGACAAAAAUAUGGGUAAUGAGAAGGCUGCUGAAGCAUUUAAGAAACUUCAAAAUGCGUAUGAGAUUCUAAUGGACUCCUUGAAGCGAAAAGCUUACGAUGAUGAGCUACGGAGAGAGGAGCUUUUGAGUGUAUUUCGUAGAUUUCAUGAUGCUUCUCGUAAGAAUGGUAGGCAUGGAUUCUUUCCUUCAGGAUUUGCACGGUCUGAUGCAGAUGGCAAAGACCCAUUUGGUGAUUCAAGGCGAAUAGCCUGCAAAAGGUGUGGCGGUUUUCAUGUCUGGAUACACACCAAGAAACAAAAGUCUCGGGCAAGAUGGUGCCAGGAUUGCCAAGAUUUUCAUCAAGCGAAGGAUGGUGAUGGAUGGGUUGAACAAUCUUCCCAACCGUUUCUUUUUGGCUUAUUGCAGAAGGUGGAUGCUCCUUCAGCAUAUGUGUGUGCUGGUAGCAGGAUAUACGAUGCCACGGAAUGGUAUAUCUGUCAGGGCAUGAGAUGUCCAGCUAAUACUCAUAAGCCAAGUUUUCAUGUUAACGCCAGUUUAAUGUCCAAGAAUAAUUCUGGCAAAGGAACUAGUUCAGGUCAAAGAGGUGGGCGGAUGCCAACACCUAAUAUCGAAGAAUCCAUGACUGAGGAAGAAUUCUUUGAGUGGUUACAGAAUGCAGUACAGGCAGGUGUGUUUGACAAUUUUAAUGGCACUGCACCAGAGAGCCCAUCUCCCAAACCUGGAAAUGGGAUGAAAAGUCCUGGCAGUAGCAGUGGUGCUGGUGCUAGUGCGAGUGGCAGUAGCACCAAGAGAAAGAAAAAGGGGAAAAAGCAAUGGUGA